GUGCCACAGGAGUGUCUGACAAAGGACAAUGGUGAUUCUUCAGCAGGGGGACUAUGUCUGGAUGGACCUGAGAUCUGGGCAGGAGUUUGAUGUGCCCAUCGGGGCAGUGGUGAAACUCUGCGACUCUGGGCAGAUCCAGGUGGUGGACGACGAAGGCAAUGAACACUGGAUCACCCCACAAAAGGCCACGCACAUCAAGCCCAUGCACCCCACGUCAGUGCAUGGCGUGGAGGACAUGAUCCGCCUGGGGGACCUCAAUGAGGCUGGCAUCCUGCGCAACCUGCUCAUCCGCUACCGGGACCACCUCAUCUAUACAUACACAGGCUCCAUCCUGGUGGCUGUGAACCCCUACCAGCUGCUCUCCAUCUACUCGCCAGAGCACAUCCGCCAGUAUACCAACAAGAAGAUUGGGGAGAUGCCCCCGCACAUCUUUGCCAUUGCUGACAAUUGCUACUUUAACAUGAAACGCAACAGCCGUGACCAGUGCUGCAUCAUCAGUGGGGAGUCAGGGGCAGGGAAGACAGAGAGCACGAAGCUGAUCUUGCAGUUCCUGGCGGCCAUCAGUGGGCAGCACUCGUGGAUCGAGCAGCAGGUGCUGGAGGCCACCCCCAUCCUGGAAGCAUUCGGGAAUGCCAAGACCAUCCGCAAUGACAACUCAAGCCGCUUCGGGAAGUACAUUGACAUCCACUUCAACAAGCGGGGCGCCAUCGAGGGCGCCAAGAUCGAGCAGUACCUGCUGGAGAAGUCACGCGUCUGUCGCCAGGCGCCCGAUGAAAGGAACUACCACGUGUUCUACUGCAUGCUGGAGGGCAUGAGCGAGGACCAGAAGAAGAAGCUGGGCCUGGGCCAGGCCACGGACUAUAACUACUUGGCUAUGGGUAACUGCAUCACCUGUGAGGGCCGGGAGGACAGCCAGGAGUAUGCCAACAUCCGCUCCGCCAUGAAGGUGCUCAUGUUCACCGACACCGAGAACUGGGAGAUCUCCAAGCUCCUGGCUUCCAUCCUGCACCUGGGCAACCUGCAGUACGAGGCCCGGACAUUUGAAAACCUGGAUGCCUGCGAGGUCCUCUUCUCCCCGUCCCUGGCCACAGCUGCAUCCUUGCUUGAGGUGAACCCCCCAGACCUGAUGAACUGCCUGACCAGCCGCACCCUCAUCACCCGCGGGGAGACAGUGUCCACCCCGCUCAGCAGGGAGCAGGCACUGGAUGUUCGAGAUGCCUUUGUCAAGGGCAUCUACGGGCGGCUCUUCGUGUGGAUCGUGGACAAGAUCAACGCCGCGAUUUACAAGCCCCCGUCCCAGGAUGUGAAGAACUCUCGCCGGUCCAUUGGCCUCCUGGACAUCUUUGGGUUCGAGAACUUUGCUGUGAACAGCUUUGAGCAGCUCUGCAUCAACUUCGCCAACGAGCACCUGCAGCAGUUCUUCGUGCGGCACGUGUUCAAGCUGGAGCAGGAGGAGUACGACCUGGAGAGCAUCGACUGGCUGCACAUCGAGUUCACCGACAACCAGGAGGCCCUGGACAUGAUCGCCAACAAGCCCAUGAACAUCAUCUCCCUCAUCGACGAGGAGAGCAAGUUCCCCAAGGGCACGGACACUACCAUGUUGCAUAAGCUGAACUCGCAGCACAAGCUCAACUCGAACUACAUCCCUCCCAAGAACAACCACGAGACCCAGUUCGGGAUCAACCACUUCGCCGGCGUCGUCUACUAUGAGAGUCAAGGCUUCCUGGAGAAGAACCGGGAUACGCUGCACGGAGACAUCAUCCAGCUGGUCCACUCCUCCAGGAACAAGUUCAUCAAGCAGAUCUUCCAGGCCGACGUCGCCAUGGGCGCCGAGACCAGGAAGCGCUCGCCCACACUCAGCAGUCAGUUCAAGCGGUCGCUGGAGCUGCUCAUGCGCACCCUGGGCGCCUGCCAGCCCUUCUUCGUGCGCUGCAUCAAACCCAACGAGUUCAAGAAGCCCAUGCUGUUCGACCGGCACCUGUGCGUGCGCCAGCUGCGGUACUCCGGGAUGAUGGAGACCAUUCGGAUCCGCCGAGCCGGCUACCCCAUCCGCUAUAGCUUCUUGGAGUUCGUGGAGCGGUACCGCGUGCUGCUGCCCGGCGUGAAGCCUGCCUACAAGCAGGAUGACCUUCGGGGGACGUGCCAGCGCAUGGCUGAGGCUGUGCUGGGCGCCCACGAUGACUGGCAGAUUGGCAAGACCAAGAUCUUUCUGAAGGACCACCACGACAUGCUGCUGGAGGUGGAGCGGGACAAGGCCAUUACCGACAGAGUCAUCCUGCUCCAGAAGGUCAUCCGGGGGUUCAAAGACAGGUCCCACUUCCUGAAGCUGAAGAACGCUGCCACCCUGAUCCAGAGACACUGGCGGGGCCACAACUGCAGGAGGAACUAUGGGCUGAUGCGGCUGGGCUUCCUGCGGCUGCAGGCCCUGCACCGCUCCCGGAAGCUGCACCAGCAGUACCACCUGGCCCGCCGGCGCAUCAUCCAGUUCCAGGCCCGCUGCCGGGCCUACCUGGUUCGCAAGGCCUUCCGCCACCGCCUCUGGGCCGUGCUCACCGUGCAGGCCUACGCCCGGGGCAUGAUCGCCCGCCGGCUGCACCGGCGCCUCAGGGCCGAGUACCGGCGGCGCCUGGAGGCUGAGAAAAUGCGGCUGGCAGAGGAGGAGAAGCUCCGGAAGGAGAUGAGCGCCAAGAAGGCCAAGGAGGAGGCCGAACGCAAGCAUCAGGAGCGCCUGGCCCAGCUGGCUCGUGAGGACGCCGAGCGAGAGCUGAAGGAGAAGGAGGAGGCUCGGCGGAAGAAAGAGCUCCUGGAGCAGAUGGAGAGGGCCCGCCACGAGCCCGUCAAUCACUCGGACAUGGUGGACAAGAUGUUCGGCUUCCUGGGGACUUCGGGCGGCCUGCCAGGCCAGGAGGGCCAGGCACCCAGUGGCUUUGAGGACCUGGAGCGCGGGCGGAGGGAGAUGGUGGAGGAGGACCUGGACGCAGCCCUGCCCCUGCCGGAUGAGGACGAGGAGGACCUCUCCGAGUACAAAUUCGCCAAGUUCUCUGCCACCUACUUCCAGGGCACGACCACGCACACCUAUACCCGGCGGCCGCUCAAGCAGCCGCUGUUGUACCACGAUGAUGAAGGUGACCAGCUGGCGGCCCUGGCGGUGUGGAUCACCAUCCUCCGGUUCAUGGGCGACCUCCCUGAGCCGAAGUACCACACGGCCAUGAGUGACGGCAGCGAGAAGAUCCCCGUGAUGACCAAGAUUUAUGAGACCCUAGGCAAGAAGACGUACAAGAGGGAGCUGCAGGCGCUGCAGGGCGAGGGCGAGGCCCAGCUGCCUGAGGGGCAGAAGAAGAGCAGUGUGAGGCACAAGCUGGUGCACUUGACCCUGAAGAAGAAGUCGAAGCUGACAGAGGAGGUGACCAAGAGGCUGCAUGACGGGGAGUCCACGGUGCAGGGCAAUAGCAUGCUGGAGGACCGGCCCACCUCCAACCUGGAGAAGCUGCACUUCAUCAUUGGCAACGGCAUCUUACGACCAGCACUCCGGGAUGAGAUCUACUGCCAGAUUGGCAAGCAGCUCACCCACAACCCCUCCAAGAGCAGCUAUGCCCGGGGCUGGAUCCUCAUGUCCCUCUGUGUGGGCUGCUUCGCCCCCUCGGAGAAGUUUGUUAAGUACCUGCGGAACUUCAUCCACGGGGGACCGCCUGGCUACGCGCCAUACUGUGAGGAGCGGCUCAGGAGGACCUUCGUCAAUGGGACACGGACGCAGCCACCCAGCUGGCUGGAGCUACAGGCCACCAAGUCCAAGAAGCCCAUUAUGCUGCCUGUGACAUUCAUGGAUGGGACCACCAAGACCCUGUUGGCAGACUCAGCCACCACGGCCAAGGAGCUCUGCAACGCACUGGCCGACAAGAUCUCACUCAAGGACCGCUUCGGGUUCUCCCUCUACAUUGCCCUGUUUGAUAAGGUGUCCUCCCUGGGCAGUGGCAGUGACCACGUCAUGGAUGCCGUCUCCCAGUGUGAGCAGUAUGCCAAAGAGCAGGGUGCCCAGGAGCGCAAUGCCCCCUGGCGGCUCUUCUUCCGCAAAGAGGUCUUCACGCCCUGGCACAACCCUUCCGAGGACAAUGUGGCGACCAAUCUCAUCUACCAGCAGGUGGUGCGAGGGGUCAAGUUUGGGGAGUACAGGUGUGAGAAGGAGGACGACCUGGCCGAGCUGGCCUCCCAGCAGUACUUUGUGGACUAUGGCUCUGAGAUGAUCCUGGAGCGCCUCCUGAGCCUCGUGCCCACCUACAUCCCCGACCGUGAGAUCACGCCGCUGAAGACGCUGGAGAAGUGGGCGCAGCUGGCCAUUGCCGCCCACAAGAAGGGGAUUUAUGCCCAGAGGAGAACUGAUUCCCAGAAGGUCAAGGAGGACGUGGUCAAUUACGCCCGCUUCAAGUGGCCCUUGUUGUUCUCCAGGUUUUACGAAGCCUACAAAUUCUCAGGCCCCAGCCUCCCCAAAAACGACGUCAUUGUGGCCGUCAACUGGACGGGCGUCUACUUCGUGGAUGAGCAGGAGCAGGUGCUUCUGGAGCUGUCCUUCCCCGAGAUCAUGGCUGUGUCCAGCAGCAGGGGAGCCAAACUGACAGCCCCCAGCUUCACGCUGGCCACCAUCAAGGGGGAUGAGUAUACCUUCACCUCCAGCAAUGCCGAGGACAUCCGUGACCUAGUGGUCACCUUUCUGGAGGGGCUCCGGAAGAGGUCUAAGUACGUGGUGGCCCUGCAGGACAACCCCAACCCUGCGGGCGAGGAGUCGGGUUUCCUCGGCUUUGCUAAGGGAGACCUCAUCAUCCUGGACCACGACACAGGAGAGCAGGUCAUGAGCUCCGGCUGGGCCAAUGGCAUCAACGAGCGGACCAAGCAGCGCGGGGACUUCCCCACCGACUGCGUGUAUGUCAUGCCCACAGUCACCAUGCCGCUGCGGGAGAUUGUGGCCCUGGUCACCAUGACCCCUGACCAGAGGCAGGACGUUAUCCGGCUGAUGCAGCUGCGGACACCGGAGCCCGAGGUGCGCACCAAGCCCUACACACUGGAGGAGUUUUCCUACGACUACUUCAGGCCCCCGCCCAAGCACACCCUGAGCCGUGUGAUGGUGUCCAAGGCCCGAGGGAAGGACCGGCUGUGGAGCCACACGCGGGAGCCGCUCAAGCAGGCCCUGCUCAAGAAGAUCCUGGGCAGCGAGGAGCUCUCGCAGGAGGCCUGCAUGGCCUUCAUCGCCAUGCUCAAGUACAUGGGUGACUACCCAUCCAAGAGGAUGCGCUCGGUCAACGAGCUCACCGACCAGAUCUUCGAGGGCGCCCUGAAGGCCGAGCCCCUCAAGGACGAGGUGUACGUACAGAUCCUGAAGCAGCUGACCGACAACCACAUCAGGUACAGUGAAGAGCGGGGCUGGGAGCUGCUCUGGCUGUGCACGGGCCUCUUCCCCCCCAGCAACAUCCUCCUGCCCCACGUGCAGCGCUUCCUGCAGUCCCGAAGGCACUGUCCGCUGGCCACGGACUGCCUGCAGCGGCUCCAGAAAGCCCUGAGAAACGGGUCCCGGAAGUACCCCCCGCACCUGGUGGAGGUGGAGGCCAUCCAGCAUAAAACCACCCAGAUAUUCCACAAGGUCUACUUCCCCGACGACACUGACGAGGCCUUCGAGGUGGAGUCCAGCACUAAGGCCAAGGACUUCUGCCAGAACAUCGCCGCCCGGCUACUCCUCAAGUCCUCUGAGGGAUUCAGCCUCUUUGUCAAAAUUGCAGACAAGGUCAUCAGCGUGCCUGAGAACGACUUCUUCUUCGACUUCGUUCGACACCUGACAGACUGGAUAAAGAAGGCGCGGCCCGUCAAGGAUGGAAUCCUGCCCUCGCUCACCUACCAGGUGUUCUUCAUGAAGAAGCUGUGGACCACCACAGUGCCAGGGAAGGACCCCAUGGCCGACUCCAUCUUCCACUAUUACCAGGAGUUGCCCAAGUAUCUCCGAGGCUACCACAAGUGCACGCGGGAGGAGGUGCUGCAGCUGGGGGCGCUGAUCUACAGGGUCAAGUUCGAGGAGGACAAGUCCUACUUUCCCAGUAUCCCAAAGCUGCUCCGGGAGCUGGUGCCCCAGGACCUCAUCCGGCAGGUCGCACCUGACGACUGGAAGCGGUCCAUCGUCGCCUACUUCAACAAGCACGCGGGGAAGUCCAAGGAGGAGGCCAAGCUGGCCUUCCUGAAGGUCAUCUUCAAGUGGCCCACCUUUGGUUCAGCCUUUUUCGAGGUGAAGCAAACUACGGAGCCAAACUUCCCUGAGAUCCUCUUAAUUGCCAUCAACAAGUAUGGGGUCAGCCUCAUCGAUCCCAGAACCAAGGACAUCUUGACCACUCACCCCUUCACCAAGAUCUCCAACUGGAGCAGUGGCAACACCUACUUCCACAUCACCAUUGGGAACCUGGUGCGCGGGAGCAAGCUGCUCUGUGAGACGUCCCUGGGCUACAAGAUGGAUGACCUCCUGACUUCCUAUAUUAGCCAGAUGCUCACGGCCAUGAGCAAACAGCGGGGCUCCCGGAGUGGCAAGUGAACAGUGUGGAGGUGGCACUGGCUCUGUGCCUACUCCCUAGGCAGCAGCUGGCUCAGGCCCAUCGGUACCUUUGCAGCUGGGCGAAGACCUCUGGCAUCCAGGCAGGGAGGCUCAGCCGGCCACCCACCAGUGACCGCACCAGCUUGAACUCGGGCCCUUCUUCCAGUGAGGUGGCCUUCCAGCCACCCGAGGCCCCUGGGUUGGAUCUGGUCCCCGCUUAUGGGGCCUUCCCCGUUGUAAGAGCCUGUGUGGCUCGCAUGCUUUUCUCAUCUCAGACAGCCCUGGGCUGCCUUUGGCUUUCUGUGCGCCCCUGGGACAGGGACUCAAGAGGACAACCCAGUUCUCCACACUGGGAGCAACCAGACCAAACCAACCAAAUCAAGACUGUCCUGGCACCUAAGGCUAAUUCCCCCGAGCCCAGGACCCUCAGCGGGCUGAAGGAGACAGACCGCUCAUGUAUAUUGCAGUGUGAGUGCUGAGCCCUGCUGUCCUGGUCUCCUGAGCACAUAAAGCAUGUGUUUCUCUUUCUGA